AUGCUGCCACCACAUCAGCACCCUCAGGGUGUCAUGGGCCGUUCAUUUGACUACAACAAUGAGAUGAAUUUUAAUGCGAAUGCGCGUCUCCCAGGCCUCGGUGCACCCGCAGCAGCUGGACCCUUACCAACGCCUCCAUUUCCUUUCAUGGGGACCUUCACGCCUCCGCAGUUCCCACCUACUGCCUUUUCUCCUGGUCAGAUGCCUCCGUUGGGAUACCCGCCCAUACCUCUACCAACCGCGUUUAACGCGCCGCCAAGCCGUCCGUCAACCGGUGACUUCCAAACGAAUCAUUUCAACUCUCAGCACGCAACCGCAUCUAGCUCUAUACAAGAUGUUGAUCGGGAGGAAGGUGAACUCACCGAUAGAGAGGGUGGCUUGCCAGCAGUGCGGAAACCCGUGUCCAACAGUGGCCCGAGCGCUCGGACAGCAUCUCUCGGCGGUCGGCCCACUAACGCGUCCGAAAUACCAGCGACUAACGGGGCAGCACUCCCUGGAUCCAACAAUCCCAAAGACUUUGCUUCUAAAUCCUCGCACAAACAAGCUUCUCGCGACUCUAUGGACCUGGAGGAGGGCGAGACGUGUUCUUCUCAGUCUACUACGUCAAGCCGAGACAGUGGAUCGCGUAAGGCCCUUUGGCUUCCAAAUCGGUAUUGUUUACUCACGAUAUGCAGCUUAUAA